AUGGAUCUGAGCGGGAAGCUCGACAGGUUCAAGCAGCAGCAGCAGAGGUGCCACGCGAGCCUCUCCAUCAUCAACGCAACCAGAGCCCCGUCAGUAACAACAAAGCCGCAGCAGUAUGCUCCAGCUCCGAGGCCUGCUAUGGCGAAACCGUCUGCGCCCGCGCCUAAGGUUAGGUUCUCCGAUGAUACGGCGAGGCUGCAAAAGAUGCACGCAGUGAGGAAAUCCGCCGUCGGAUCGCAGAUGAAGGACGUGAUCGAGCUGCUCUACAGGACAAGAAAAGCUCUUACGGCUACGCAGAUCAACGAUGCGACUUAUGUCGACAUCGCGGGCAACACUGCCGUCUUCGAGAGCCUGAGGAACAACCCCAAAGUGCGAUUUGACGGGAAGUUUUUCUCUUACAAGCCCACGCACAAUGUGACGGGGAAAGAUGGGUUGCUUGCCUUAAUCGCAGACUUCCACGACGGCAUUCCAGUCAAGGAGGUGGAGGAUGCGUAUCCAACUGUACUGGAUGAUCUGCAGGCUCUGAAAUCCUCAGGCGAUAUCUACUUGCUGCCGGGCGAGCAAGACAUGGUGUUCCCCAACGACCCGAGGUCGAGGCUGGAGCUGGACACCGAGCUGAAGAAGCUGUUCUACGAGAUCAAGCUGCCCAAGGACAUGCUGGACAUCGAGAAGGACCUCCGGAGGAACGGCGAGAAACCGAUGACCGACACGGCCAAGCGGAGGGCAGCGGCGGAGAUCUUCGGCAAGCCUUCGAAACCUAAGAAGUCCAAGAAGAAGCAACGCGGGAUGACGAGCAGGACCAGGAUCACCAACAUACAUCUUCCUGGGCUCUUCGAGCUGCCCAUGGACACAAAAGAUUUCAUCUGA